AUGACUACCCACAAGAACCAGAGUUCGAAGCUUUUCGAACCCCUCACCAUCAACAAUGGCAAUAUUACGCUCGACCACCGUGUCAUCCAUGCCCCCAUGACCCGGAACCGGGGCGUUCCUCUGAACGAGAACAGCACCCCCGAGAACCCAAACCGUAUCUGGUACCCUGGCGAUUUGAUGGUCGAGUACUACCGCCAGCGCGCCACUAAGGGAGGAUUGAUCAUCUCUGAAGGAAUCCCGCCAUCGCUCGAGAGCAAUGGCAUGCCCGGCGUCCCCGGGCUCUUCACCCCUGAGCAAAUCGCCGGCUGGAAACGCGUCGUGGACGCCGUCCACGAAAAAGGCGGUUACAUCUAUGCCCAGCUCUGGCACGCCGGCCGUGUCACCAUCCCCCAGAUGACGGGCUCCGACCCCGUCGCCCCAUCCGCUAUUCCCUGGGACUCGCCGGACGAGCGCUACUCGCACCCGCCGGUCGGGGAGUCCGUGCCCCCGCGCUACGCCGACCACCCGCCCAUCGAGCUGUCGGUCUCGCACAUCCAGCGCACAAUCGAGGAUUACCGGCGCGCGGCGCGCGCUGCUAUUGACAUCGGCUUCGACGGUGUCGAGGUGCAUGGUGGAAACGGAUAUCUGCCGGAGCAGUUUUUGAGCUCGAACAUCAACAAGCGCACGGACGAGUAUGGAGGUACACCUGAGAAGCGGUGUCGCUUUACCCUAGAGCUCAUGGACUCACUGGCGCAGUCCAUUGGCGAGGAGAACUUGUCGAUCCGGUUGUCGCCGUUCGGUCUCUUCAACCAGACCCGUGGCGAGCAGCGUCUGGAGACCUGGUCGCAUCUGUGCCGGGUGUUGAAGCAGACUCUCCCUCAUCUUUCCUACGUCAGCUUUAUCGAGCCGCGCUACGAACAAAUCUUCAGCACCGAAGAAAAAGAUACCUUCCUGGCCUCCUGGGGCCUUACCAACGUUAACCUUGACGGCUUCCGCCAGAUCUUCGGCUCCACGCCUUUCUUCACUGCCGGUGGAUACAACGACCAGAACGCCUGGGGCGUGCUGGAAUCCGGCCGCUACGAUGCCAUCCUGUUCGGCAGGCCGUUCACUAGUAACCCAGACUUGGUGAAUCGGUUGCGCAAGGGGAUUCCGUUGACGCCGUAUGAGAGGUCCAGGUUUUAUGGGCCUUUUGAGGAUAAUAAGCUUUGUUAUGUGGAUUAUGAGCCGGCGCAGGAGGCGUAA